AUGCCUGUAACCGAGAUUGGGGGCUCUCUCCUGUGCCGAGGCAGAGAGACCGUAUGGCGGCUACAGCAACCACUACCGCUGCAGCUGCAGUCACGGCUGCUGGUAUAUUGCCAGGAGGUUACAGAGAAGGGACAAGGGAGAAGAAGCCUGUCAGAGGGAGAGUUCAUAGCUGUAGGUAAGCUUGGUAAGGAAGGAUCUGAUGGACAGAUUGGAAUGAAGGUGGAAGCAAUCAGUGCUAUGGAGGCCUCCAGAAGGCUGAAAGCUGUGGAUGCUGAAGCUUUAGAGAGGGAGCUGGAAGGAGAGGCCACCAGGAAGAAGGAGGCUGCAGAAGAUAUCAGCGUCACUUUUGAAGAUCAACAAAAGUUAAACAAACUUGCACGGAAUACAAGUAGAAUCACAGAGCUAAAGGAGGAAAUAGAAGUAAAAAAGAAACAGCUCCAAAACUUAGAAGAUGCCUGUGAUGCCAUCAUGCUUGCAGAUGACGACUGCAUAACGAUACCCUAUCAAAUUGGAGAUGUGUUCAUUAGCCACUCUCAGGAGGAAAACCAACAUAUGUUAGUAGACGCAAAGAAAAACUUGCAAGAAGAAAUUGACACCUUAGUAUCAAGAGUGGCAGCCAUGCAGAGAGAUCUGAAAGUUCAGCUAUAUGUGAAAUUUGGCAGCAACAUAAACCUGGAAGCUGAUGAAAGCUAA